CGUCUGUAAGUACUUUAAGGGUCGCUACCCCCCAAGUAUUCAGCAUACUAACCAGAGAUCCUUGAGAUGACUGAAGAUGCUCGAAAUCUCCAAAGUCCAUGAAUUCAUCCAAAAUUCUAAAAGUCAUUCUUGAUCCUCGUAUUUAUCCAACAUUCUCGAACCCACCCUCAGCAAAGUCUACACGCCUCACCACCAGACCCCACCCCACCAAGCCCAUCCAUCCACGCUCAAAUCCCCAAACAUGGCCUACACAACCGACGCAGCACGGUGGCUCGCCUUGGCACUCCGCGACGCAAACGCAAACGGACACUUCAUCUACUCGGUCAAAUCCACACACAUCUACUGCCGGCCCACAUGCCCCGGCCGCCUCGCGCGGCGCGCAAACGUAGGUUUCCACGCAACGUGGAUGGAGGCCGAGGCAGCAGGGUUCCGGGCGUGCAAGCGGUGCAAGCCCAACACGACGGGGGUGGUGGAAGAUGUGCGGGAGCGCGCGGUGAAAAAGGCAUGAGGGAUGCGAGCGCGUUGCGGCUGCGGGUUUUGGCGGGGAAGGUUAAGCUUACGCCGAGGUACUUUCAUGGGAUGUUCAAGGCGCAGAUGGGCGUGACGCCGAGGGAAUAUGCGAGGAGGGCUGUGGAGAGGAGUAAGGCGUGUGCUGCUGUAUCGACCACGACUACGACUGCGACUACGGCCUCUGUACCGACCAUGACGGCCGAAGCAAGUGCUCCGUCUUGGGAAGAGGAGAGCAUGGAUCCCAGCAAUUUAAAUGACUUGGGAUUUGAUUCAAGUCUGAUCAGCAUGGAUGAAUUCGCAAUAGUCCAGGAUCAGCCAUGGACGGUAGAUCCCGACCUCGCAUUCAACGCGACCGGCCUUUUUCAGCCUUGGACUGCGGGAUAUGAGCCAGCUCAGAAUGACACAUGGCAACUCGCUCACGACAGCCACAUCUCCGACUCUCUCCAGACCACGUCACUAGGCACGGUCUACUACGAGAAGGCGGUGCCAUCCAUGUCGGCGCUUGAGCUGAAUGCUGCAGCACUGCUCAACUACGACAGUCCAGACCUUCUACAGUUGCAAUCUCCGUAGCGCCUCAUCGCCGUCAAGGGCAGACGUCCGUCAUCCUUGUAACAUAGCCACCUGCAAUCAACCCAACGGCUCUUCGACGGGACUCGUCAUCCUUGGCCAGCCCAUCGACCGAGGCGCGUGCACCACUUGUAGCUGCGAUCAUCGGUGAGCUCCCAGUGUUGCAAAAGGAAAGAAAACCCUGUUCUUUACAUUGUCAGCACAGGCCCUGCAGCGAAUAUCCACAUUGAGUGCGAAACGACGAAGCUCUUCAGAGACCAAGUUAUAAGCAGCGACGGCGUAGCAUAUGUCGAUGCUAGCCAUACCUUUUCCGGCUCUUCCUAAAUAAUUAUAUGGUCGAUGUACG